AUGCCGGAUUUUCCUAACCUACCUGAUGGUUUUCCUGGGCGAUUGGAGUACAAGGAGGACAAAUGGGUGUACUUUUCUUUGGCAUAUCUGUAUGGGAUCCCUGCCUGGGUCAUCACUGAGCUGCCAGGCGAGUGGGUGCGCAUCCCUAACCGUCCGGAGUCCUAUCCUCCCAUCUUCCACAACAGCAAGCUUGCUGCUGCUGCCACGACUGCGAAGAAGCCAACCGAGUGGAACCUACCGCAUGUCGCAGAGGAGCAUGCGUUGGACAUAGGAUGGUUGCGUCUGCGUGGCCGUGACACGAUGCUGGGCCUUGCUGCCUACCUUAACGUGUCACAAUGUGCUACUUUCUGGUUGCAGGCCUUGGUGCGUGCCUCCAUUGUGGCACAGAAGGACAUGCCUGUCCCACUUGUGCAGCGUUACCUCAACUCUUGCAGCCGUGUGAUGGGGCCGUGUGAGAAGUGCUCGCGUGAGGCGCCUGUCAAGGCAGCAAAUGGGGAGUGGAUCAAGGGCACCGAGUUUGAGCGACUUGUGCUGAGCAAGGGCCUGGAGGGUACCAAGGACCGUAAGCGCAUCUAUGCCAUCACGCAGUCCCAGCAGGUGCAGAAUGGUGUUCUGGCACCCAAUGUGGAGGCUAAAUCAUUCACUGGAGGGGAUGGUGAGGAUGCUGAGAUCCAUAGGGAGCUUGCAAAGGUGGGCGGUGAGCUGGGUGUACACAUUAUCCGCACUGUCCAGCCUGAGCUUUACCACCAUUUGGAGUUGCAUGCUAAGCUCCUGGGGUACUUCCGCCCUGGGACCAUGAGCAAUGUCUGCUUUGGUGGAAGCCAGCUGAAUGUCUCUACACCUGACUACCUUGAUAAGCUCCAGAAAGGACCCAUGGACUUGUCUGACAGUCUGGGUUUCUUUGGCGGCGUGCAUCAAGACGAGCAUGACUCCAUAGGUGCGAUGUCUGUCAUGACCGUUUUCUCGAAGUUGCACGCGGGCAUCGGCCCCGGGCUCUUCCUCUUCCCUGAGUGUUACGCGUUCGUGCGGCUGCCGGACGGGUUCACAGAGGAUGAGUCAGAGAGGUCUAGCCUACUCUCUGUCUUGUUCUCUGGCCUUCAUUGGCACAUGGGAAUGAGCCCGUAUGUCUCUGACAAUACGGUGGAGAUUGCGCAGGACGCUGUGCGUCUGAACCAUGUCAUGUACCCCAUGAGCCGUGUCAUGGAUGGGAACUCCAUGCUUGCGCUUGGUGCAGUUGGGCAGAAGGCCAUUAACAUCCCGCCUGAGAUGUACAAUCCAACGUAUGACCACGACCACAAGAUCUACAGUAACUACCUCAACUACGCUGUUGAUGGUCUCAACAUUGGGGACAGGCACACUGUUGCGUCUUUCAUGGUGCGCCAGCUGUAUAACCUUGUCUUCCAUCUUUGGCGUCAAGCCAAUGUUGGUCCUUCUCUUAACCCAGACGUGUUCUUCAGCGCGUUCUCUGCGGUUGAUGAGGAGGGCCAGUGCAUCACAUUCACUGACACGGACUUGGUCCCUGUCCUUGAACAUCGGCCUGAUGAGCCUGAGUAUGUGCAUGAAACCAUCCUUGCACGUGCUCAGGCUUGGAGGGAGUGGAAGGAGCACAAGCUGCGUUAUGUGGCUGUCAUUCCACGAGCCACAUAUGACAAUCGCAUUGUGGACCUCCGCAAAGAGAUGGGGACUGAGAACCCUGCGCCUGUUCCUGUUACACGUCCCGGAAGAUCCCAGCAACCCAAGAAAGCUCCUGUGCCGUCCAAGGGCAAGAAGGCAAAGCCUAAGCCCAAGUCCAAGCCAGCCAAGGGCAAGAAGCGCGCUCGCGCAGAGGUGGAGGAUGGUAUGGAUUCUGAUGAGAGACCUGCCCAACGAGCACGUUUGGACUUAGAAAAUGGAGAUGCCCGUAAAGUUAUAGGCCAUCCACGUCGUGCUACACGUGUUAUGGCUGUGGACGGACCUGCUGUAGAUCAGCCUAGCAGUUCUGCUGGGCCAUCUCAGCAUGGGGGGGGUAUGACUUUGCGGCCGCGUGGUCCCAACCCUACAGUGUCUGACAGAGAGGAUGGUCAAUCCCUGCUGUAUGUGCCUCUGGAUGCACUUAUGGUCCCUCCAAAGUUGUCUGCACGCACUGCAGAUGAGUCUGAGUCCGAAGAUGAAGAUGACGAGGAUGAGAGCCAGGAAGCUCCUGUCUUGUCUCCUGCAGCUCAGUCAUCAGGAAGUGCAAGUGCAAAGUCGUAUGCGGUUGCUCUCUCGCUGUUCACUGCAGCAAAGUUCCAGGCUGCAAACCAGAUGCUGCGCAAUGUUGCCAGUGUUCUGCAGUCUGAGGAUUCAGCUGCCAGAUCUGUUUCACGCCAGCUUCUCGAUGGCCUGCUUGAUGCUAUGGAGAGCAAGGACUCUGCAGCUGCGUGCUCUGUUGGGUUUGCAGUUUUGCUGCAACGUAACUGGUCUGCGCAGACAAGGUACAAGCGGGAUGACUCCCUGCAGCACCUCAAGUGCACGGUUCUUAGGUCUGAAAUAAUGAUGAUGAACUACUAUGCUUGGCUCUGGCUGGACUGUGUUCCUGUCAACUACUGCUCAAGGUUUCUCUCAUCCUCUGCUCCCUCCGCUGCUGCCAAUGACUGGCUUGGCCAUCUUGCCAUUGCAGUGAACGAUGGCUUCAAGUCAGCUCGUUUCACCGCUGAUCGGCGUUACACUGCAUCCAUUGACUUCAUUCAGCGCACCCUGCGCACAUGGCUGGACUUCCCGAAGAAUUCCUCGUAUGUGCGCUCCCUCUUCAUACGCGCUAUCAUCUCGGCCUUUGGCUGCUCAGAUGUCCUUCUUCUGGACGGUGUCUGGGAUGUCUACCAGCGCGCUGAGUCUUCCCUUCUCAUCCUGGACGACCGCCGGCGUCGCCUCCCUUCCACCCAUCUAGAUCCUCUGUUCCAUGAUCUCCGUGCACUCCCAGUCCUCUCCCAGCCUACCUUGCCAGAUGCUUGUGCUUUUGCGGAGUUCCUUUGGCUUUGUUCUUCCUCACUUCCACCACUGUCCUCUGCAUCCUCUUGCUCCACUCCGCCAGCACCUCAGCUCACCUUGCAACCUUCCAGCUCUGCUGCACCAGGCUUAGAAGCGCUCCACUGCUUUGUCAUCAACUGCUAUGGCGUGCUGGACCAUCUUCUAAAUGGUAAGCAGAUCACACACUCGGCUCCAGAACUGGUGCUUGAGGAAUAA